UUCCAAUUUUGCGUAUAAACUGUGCAAAACAACUUUUCAACUCCCCCUUUUCUUACGUGUGAUAGUCCUAAUGCGGAAGCGCUAGAUUUGAGUUCCAUCGGUUGGGAUGUCCGUGAUCACAAUUUUGUGCCAAGACGUCUAGGAGAUAAGACAGCCUCGCAUUAGGCCAGAGUGGCAUGGCACAUCCUACCCGCGAUGUCCCAGGACCAGGCGCUACAACUGAACUCUGUCUGAUAGAUGCCAACAUCAGCAGUCUCCGCAAUGUUCCACUGUCCCAGUCCAUACAAGUUCUCAACCUCCACUGUAACCAGAUAUCGCAAAUAGAGAACAUACAGCACCUGGUUAACCUAAGGCACCUGGAUCUGUCGUCCAAUCAGAUCGUGAGAAUUGAAGGGCUCGGUUCAUUGGUCAACUUGAGGACUUUAAAUUUGGCUUGUAAUCUUAUUAGGGUGGUUGACGGACUGCAAGGGCUUAGGUCUUUGUCUAGGAUCAACAUAUCGUACAACCAGGUGGAAGACAUCUCAGGGUUCAGGCAGCUCAGUGGGAGUGGCUACAGACUGAGUCAUGUGGAACUCCAUGGCAACCAACUAACAUCCAUCAAUCAUGUGGUGCAAUGCCUUAUGGGAUGUACUCAUCUCACAGACCUCACGUUGAUGCAUGAUGGGAAAGGCAAUCCUGUUUGUUCUGCUCCAGACUACCGUGAGACAGUGCUGAGUCUAGUCCCGCAGGUACAAGUGUUAGAUGGCAGGGACAGAGGAGGCAGGCCAGCAGCGAGGGAAGCUCUUACUGACAUUCCAGGUCUUGAAGAGUACCUGGAAUACUUGUUAUCAUCAGAUACAACAUUUGAUGAAGAAAAGGACCUGGGUCCCCUUGAAGCAGCCUUCCCCAGGAUAGAAGCAGCUCUGCAGCAGUUCCGCCGCCGACCGGUCACCACUCCGGAGGUCACCACAACAAGCACUGAUGUGGACGUGUCACCUGUCCAAAGGGCAGGUGGACAGGCAUCUGAGCCAAGGGCAAAAGUGACAGGGAGAGGUCGUCUGUCCGUGGACCAUGAGGUCAGGCUAGAGACACUGGAGCAUCAGCUGGCACAUCUCAUGUAUGCAGGGAAAACACAGCCCAGAAAAACAAGUUCCUCUUCACCACAAGAAAGGCAGGAUUCCACUCAAGAAAGAAGACCUACCAGACAGCCUGCUAAAAGAGAUGUGGACCAUACUGAUGAGAGUGACACAGAAGCUGGUCCAGGCAGGAGGAGGAAGGAGAGGAAGAUGAAGACAGCAGGACGAAGCACAGCAACAUCCAGGAGGAGGGAGGAGCUUGCAAGGCAGCAAAAGGGGCAGACCAGUGAGGAACAAAGAAAAGGAGGAACCAGCACAUCCAGCCCUCCCUCUGACACCAGCCGACCAACAGCUGUGGCUGUGUCAAUGAGAGCACCUCAUCCCCGGGACGUGGAGUCAGACAAACAGUUUCUGGAGCUGAUGAGGGAACUUGACAGUGAGAGAGAGAGGAGAUGGAAGGCUGAACAGGCAGCCAAGAGACUGGCCGACCAGGUCAAAACGCUACAGGAAAAAGGUUCAGAAGAGCAGGAGCUCCAGGCGGUUGCUCUCCAGGCCACCUCCAGGCUGAAGCAGGCCCUGAUGAAUGAACGGGAGACCAGGGGGAAGCUUCAGGAUCAGCUAGACGCUCUGAAGGAACAGUUUGGAGGAACUGUAAAGAAACUUGGAACAGCAGAGAAAGCAGAGGAGGACCAGAGACGAGCACUACAGGCCAUGGAGGAGACAGCUGCAAGGAGGGAGACAGACAGACUGCAGCAGCUGGCUCAUGAGGCUAAGAAGACACAGGAGGCUCAGAUGAAAGCAUCUGCCUCCCAGAGGGAGCUGGACCUGGUACGACACUCCCUACAGCAGCACAAGGACCAGAUCCAGGCACUACAGGCACUCCUCGCAGAACGGGAGCAGGAUCACAGGAAGGAACUUGCUGGUCGCUUUUCCAUGAACAGUAAGGAAUUCCAAGAGGUGCUUGCUAGAGAAGUUGCAAAAGAAGAAAGGAGGCACUCCCAGGAGCUUAAAUCUCAACAGCAAAGAAUUGAAACCCUGACCAAGCAGUACGCAGAUCUGGAGGAUGAGUUCAGAAUGGCCUUACAGAUAGAAGCCAGCAGGUUCAGGGAAGUCCAGGAGGCUUUUGAGAACGCCACAGGGGAGGCCUCCAGGUACAGGGCAGCCAUGGUGUCAGCUCAGGACAAGGAGAAGAAAGUGUCAACAAUGGUGCAGGAGCUGACAGCCAUGGUGAAGGAACAGAAGGGAAGGAUAACAGAGCUGUCAAAGUCACGACAGGAGGCACUAAGGGACCUCAGGGAACGUAACCAGACUCUUGAGACCCAGCUGGAGGAGGCCAGGAGGAGGCUGCCGGCCGUGGAGGUGAUGAGACAGGACAAGGUCAGGCUGCAGUCUCAGCUGACUGCACAGGAGUCGAUCAUCGAGGGUCUCAGGGCAGAGAAGAAACUCUGGAGCCAGGAACUCGCACAGCAAGGAGCUUCCCUUGCCCAGGAUAGAGGACGUCUGGAGGCCAAAAUAGAAGCUCUGACAGCAGAAGUCAGUCUCCUUAAGAAACAGAACGAGAGAGACAAUGAUGCCCUUAAGAUCAAGACAAAGAUGUUGGAGGACCAGACAGACACUAUCAGGAAGCUGAAGGAGGGAUUGGGAGAGAGGGAUGAGGAGGUCAAGAAGGCAAGAGAGGAGGCGCUGAAAGUACAGAGGGAUCUGGAGAGCAGGUUAACAGAGGAGACAACACAUUCUCAAGACCUACAGGAGAAGGUUGGGCAGCUGACUGAGCGGAAGGAGCAGCUGAAGCAGCAGCUGUCCGACACACAGGAGGAGCUGGAGGAGAACAGGAAGGCGCUGAACGUGCUGGACAGGAAAUGGAGGGACAAGGGACAGCUCAUCGGCACACUGGAGACUCAGGUCAGACAAGCCAAGGAAAACUUUGAUGCCAAAGAAAAGAAGCUUCAGGAGGAGAGAAAACGGGCAAUGGAGGCAGAAAAGGAAGCCCUGGAGAGACUAAGGAGGGCGGAUGAUGCCUUCAGAAAACAGCUGGAGGCCAAAGUUGCAGCCCAUGAAGACGACCUAGAGAGGGCUGUACAGGAAAAACAGGAGGAGAUAGAUAGAGCAAAUCAGAGGGUGUUACAAGUAGAACAAGAAAUGAGGGAGUUGUUGAGAGAGACAGAGAACAACAAGAAAAUGACUGAAGAAAGGGUGAAGAAACUCAACAAGGCUUUUUAUGAGUUACAACAGGGUUUGACAUAACAGUUCUGAUUCUUCCGUGCCAAAUAUUUCCUAUGAACAUGAUGUGCUCUGCCAAACUUUUGUUGCUGUGGCAAUCAGAGAAUCAGCUACAUGUUUCUUAAGUUAAAGCUCAUUUUCAGCUGGUGAGAGGCCAUGCCCUCAACAGUGUGGAAACUUCAGUGUUAUUUAGCACAGCCACCUCAAGGUAUAUAAUAUAGGCUGUGCACAACGCUCUGCAUGUGAGAAUGUGUGAGGGCAGUACCAGUGUAACACUGAGCAAACAUUGUCCUUUACUGCUUUUCUGUAAUAUAUGCAUGUAUUAGGCAUUGAUAAAUGGAAACUACAAUGUACAUGUAUUUUGUACCAGGGUCGGCUUUUCAGUCACCUCUUGUAAUCUAUUAUUUGUCUUACAAAUGUUUUAAUUUUAAAUGAUGCUUGUACAAGUUGUACAGUACUACAAAAUGCAAACAGAGUGGUUGUAUUCAAAAUAAAUUCUAAUCUCAGGAUAUGUA